AAAAGUUAAAACGUACUCAAUAAACACCUUUCACUCUACCACUUGUCUAAUAAAAACAAACAUUUCUUAUUUAACUAUUUAAUCUUAGUUUUAUGUAUUUACCAGAUGAACAAAUAUUCUAUUUACAUUCUUUCGUUUCUUAAAAGGUUAAACAAUGGGGUGUUUGCACAGUAAGAAGGAGACAUCUGAUUUGCAUCCAAAUGUUUUUCGUGUGGUAAACAUAGAUGAAAAUGGUGCGGAUCUGUGCUCUGGGCAGUUGGAAAUUACAGAAUCUGACAUAAUACUAUACAGAGAGGGAAGAGAUUCAACAGUUUGGCCGUUACAUUCUUUACGGAGAUAUGGAUUUGAAGGAGAAAUAUUCAGUUUUGAAUCAGGUAGAAGAUGUGAAACUGGUGAAGGAAUAUAUGCAUUUCGGUGUCGCAGAGCCUCUUUAUUAUUCCACACAUUACAACAACAAAUUCAGCUCAGAAAUGUUAUUCAUGAUGCGGUGCCUUAUCCAGUUUCUCGUUUAACACCCUCUCCUCAAGGUAGGCAGACUUUGCAGGCAAGUGUUGUGCACAGGUCUUCUAUAGAUAAUGGUCCACCAGAUAAUGCUGGAGCUGUUCAUAAUAAUAAUAUACCAAACAAUGCUAUGCACACCGGAUUAUCUCGUAACGUUAGUCAGUCCCCCAGGUCCCCUUCAAGUGUGGAUAUCCUAGAAGUGAUGCCUCUAUAUCCACGAUCACAGACAAACAGUAAUCAUGUUACUAAUGUGUAUCAGUUAAGGGAGUUCAAGAGAGAACAUAACAACAACCAAUCAGAUGUAGCUGCUGAUCAAGGCCAUGUUUAUUCUAAUGAUCUUAGUAGGGACUUGGCUAUCUUGAGGAAUACUCUAAGACAAGAAGCUGCAUUGAACACUAUGAGAGAUAUAGAAGAUGAAACAAGAUUUUUGGAAAGCAGGUAUAUGAAUGAGAAUGUUUCUAACAGACAUGCUAAUACUUUGUCUCCAACACUUAGUAACAGCAGUGAACACUAUGCACAGCUGAGCAUAGAGCAGCAGGAAUCAGCACGACUGUACAUGAACAUUACUCCCCCAGACAAAAAUACUGUUGUUCCUGAUGUCAACAAAAAUGAUGCUCCACCAACCACCCCUUUAACUCCUAAAGCGGUAGAAUACUGUAAUUUGACUGUAGGAGUUAAACCAGAAGUAAACACUUAUGCAAAUUUGUCUUUAGGAGAUAUGGCAGAUAGUGUAAAAAAUGCAAAGCAUUUUAUUCUUCCAGACCAUUACAAAUAUUCUGAAUCAGAUACAUUUAAUUCUAUGUCGCCAGUAGAAGAAUUGGAAGUUAACUAUGCAGUUUUAGACAUUGAUUCUAAUAAAGAAGCUGUAAAAGCGAAUAUGACUAGAGAUGUGGUUUCUCCUGAGAAUCAGUCAUACAAUAGUACUAAAAAUGAGAGUGUGGCAUUGUGUGCAUCACAGCCUGUGGGACUUCGGUUCGUGACGCAGGCGAGCCUGGAAAAGCCGCCGCCGCACCCGCCUACUCCCGCCACCGCAACACCCUCCGUGAACAUUGGCUAUACCACUAUUGACUUUGACAAAACUGUUGCUCUCACAUCUGUAGCUGCAGCCACUGAAGUGGAUUCAGAUGGAGCCAGAAAAACCAGGCAUAACACCUCUAACGUCACGUGUGGAAGCCCAAGUUCUGAUAAAAAUAAGCCGAUAAAUUAAGUAACUGUUACAUACCAAAAUUAUAAUAUACCAAAAAAUAUAGUAACAAAAAGAUUUAAAGCCAUCAUGAAGCCAUAAUAAUUUAAAAGUUAUUUGUAUUUUACAGAAAAUAGGUUAACAGCUAAUGACAAAAUUAUUUCACACAAAUGUAGAGACCUUUAAUUUGUUAGUACAUUAUUUUAUUUACCUAAGUAUUUGCCAUUUCGUUAAGACAUUUCCUUGUGAAAUAAAAUGUAUAAUAAUAUUAUAUGGUGCCAAAGAUUUAAGUAUAAGUAGUAAAAAGAUAUUUUAGAUAUAGUUAAUUUUAAAUAUUUUGCAGAAAUUUAUGACGCACUAAAAAAACAUGUACAAUAUCAAUAGAUAAAAUAUACUUUUGUUUCUAAAUCAGUUUUGAUGUCUUAGUAGGUAGUAUUAAUAAUGCCGCAAAUAAAUAAAUAUUUGAAUGGAUCACUACAAAGUUCUACAAAUGUAAGUAGAUGAAUAUAUCAAAUAUAAUUAUUUUUCAUAAUAAUAUGUUACUGAAACACCAAAGGGAUUGUUAGGACUAGUCUACUUAUUCGUAGCAACUAGUAGUGAAUAUGUUUCUAAUUUAUUGAGCUAUUUCAGUUGCAUUGUGUAGGCAACAAUUAAGACUCUUGUGAGAUAGGAUUUAGAUGCAAAUAUUUUAUUUUAAAAAUAUUUCAAUAAGUUUUUAUUUAUGCUGAGUGAUAUAAUUGUAUAGGAUAUUAGCAAGUACAACAUUAAUUGUAAAUUAAGAUGAAUAUUACUAGAAUGAAUCAGAAUGAAACAGGGUGCAUGCAACAUAUUUAGAUGGUUGAUAUAAAAUUGCAAGAAUAUUGGAGAGUAACAAAUGUAAUGUUCUAUUUUAUGUUGACUCAUGCAAAUAAUUUUAUAUGGCAUGUUAGAUAUAUUUAUAACUUCUGGAAAGUUAUAUUGUAAACCGUGUAAUGGAAUUGUUAUAGUGCUUCAACGAAUACCAAACAGGGAAGCUUUAAUUAUUAUAAAUAAAAGAGGUGUAUUCUGUGAGCCUAAGUAUUUAUUAUAAUGAGUUAAUAUAAUAUUCUAUUGAGAUUUGUCACCCGAAUCAUGUAAGUAAAUUGUUAUGAUAAUCGGUGUGUUUUAGCAUUAAUUACGUAAGUGUAUGUUAAUGUUCCUGUCUGCCCUAGGCCUAGUUACUAGUCUCAUAUCAAAUUCAGUUUAUUUCUGGUGCUCUUUUUGGAGUCUGCUUUCUACCUCAGGAUACUUGUUUUACUCUGUUUCUACUUUUUUAUUUAUUACACAGUGAAGGAAGCUAAUUUGUCAUUGAAAGAGUGGUAUUUGCUGUAAAACAAUCAUUGGCCACGGUUCAGGAUUUCUCCAGUAUCUGUAAAAUUUUGAAUGAAAAGAGAUUAAUAGACUGUAUUGCAUUUACGUAAGGUUUAGGCCAGAUGUGUAACAAAAUGUUAUUAUUAAUUUGCUAUUAUUUAUUAGUGUAAGUUAUUGCCAAUUUGAGACAUUUUUGUUUAUAAGGUAUUUACUAUUUAGUACAUUUUUACUUUUUGUAAUUUAUAAAAUGUAAUAAACUAAAAUGUAUACAUUUAUUACAUUGUAUAAAACAUUAUAAACGUUUAUAGGCAGGUAAUAGAAUUUUGUUCUAAGGUAUAUAUAGAUAAAUAAAACGAUUAUAAAGAACAUUCA